GUAACCUCAUCAUCGAAUUGGAUAUGCCUGUCAAGACGUGAUUCAUGCUUGUGAUGACCACAUGAGAUGCGCGAAUCAUAAGCAGAAUGCUGGAAAUGACUGAAAUCUACUUCAAAUACAUACAACUAGAUGAAAGUCCCGAAGAUUUAGCAUUGUGAUGUGGAAUGUUUAGAUCUUGUCUAAUUUUUGACCAAAGUAGUCAUCAUGAAGAAUUCAACACUUGGCAAAAUAAGAGCGUACUGGCUGGCAAGCGUAGUUUGCAUGGGAGGAUUUCUAUUUGGUUAUGAUAGUGGCAUUGUUGGUGGGUACAUCGUGGUGAAUUCGGCACAGUAGUAUAAGUACGGAGUUUUAACGAUGAAUAGGUGGAGUCUUGACUCUCAAAUCUUUCGUUAAUGAUUUCAAAUAUUCGACCGCUCAUGCAACUCGCGUGAGUUCUCUUGCUGUUGGCCUGCAGCAAGCGGGUGCUUUUGUAGCAUGUUUCUUCAUAUGGCCCAUUGCGGAUCGUAUCGGGCGCAAACUUUCAUUGCAAAUCGCUUCGUUCAUUUUCAUUAUUGGUGCCAUAAUGGAAACUGUCAAUUCUCAUAGCAUGGCAGUAUUUUAUGCUGGGAGGGUCAUUGCUGGCGUAGGCCUUGGAGCUGCCAGUGUGGUUGUUCCAAUGUUUAAUGCGGAGAUGGCACCGAAGGAAUUGCGAGGACAGAUUGGGAGCUUUUUCCAAUGGUUUUACACUUUUGGAAUAUUUACUUCGUACUGGGUUGAUUAUGCCAUGGCCGAAGUAGUCCCUUCUGUGUCCAGACAAUGGCAAAUUCCCAUUGGUCUCCAGAUUAUCCCAGCAGGUCUCCUUGGUUUUGGAAUGUUUACUUUGAAGGAAAGUACCCGUUGGCUUACCAAGAAAGGAAGACAUGAUGAGGCUUGGGAAAGUUUGAAGUGGAUUCGAGCAGAUGGAUCGCAAGCUACACUUGAAGAGAUGGAAGAAAUUCGUGUAGGCGUCGAAAUGGAACAAAGAGCUACCGAAGGAUUUCACUUUAAGGAACUUGUUGAAAGGGAUAACUUCAAUCGUAUUUUCACAGCAUUCGCUAUAUUCACAGCUCAGCAAGCUACAGGUGCAACGGCGUUUGCUUACUAUGGGCCGCAGUAUUUCAAACUGCUCGUUGGCGGUGGAAAUCGAGAUUUAUUACUAACUGCCAUAUUUGGUGCAAUCAAAAUAGUAGCCUGUGGAGUCUUUGUACUCUUUCUCUCCAAUCGCAUUGGUCGAAGGGCAGCUUUGAUCGGUGGUGCAGUUUUCAUGAGUGCUUGUCAAAUUACAACUGCAAUUGUGGUCAAAGAGCUUCCAGCCACCAAGACUGCAGGUGUCACAAGUAGUGGAAUUGCGACAGUGGCUCUCAUAUACAUGUUUGUCAUUGCAUAUAAUCUUUCAUGGGGACCGCUACCAUGGCCAUAUGUGUCUGAAAUCUUUCCAACGAGGAUUAGAGAACCUGGUAUUGCAAUUGGAGUCUCAUCCCAAUGGCUUUUUAACUUCGUGUUCUCCCUAACAACUCCGUAUAUGAUUGAAAAUCUCGGCUGGGGUACAUUCCUACUCUGGGGUUUGUUCGAUGGCAUAAUCGCAGUUGUCUCAUUCUUUUUCUUGCGCGAAACUCAAGGGUUAAGUCUAGAAGAGAUAGCACACAAUGAUUAUGGGAGAGCAACGACUUUCAAAGAGGACGAUAUCUUAGUUGAACAUGGUCGGACGACAAAUUAUGGAUCGGCAUCUAAAUGAGAGACUAGAAAAUUCACCAUACUAAUAAUGAUGAAUGGGAAUAUAGAUGAUUUCAGAUUGGAAUACAACAGUCCAACUCAACUUAAUUGCACGUAGUGGUUACACUUUAGGCUUAAUUUAAUUCAAGGUUACACCA